CCAGGAAGUAAAGCGUAUUUUGCCAAACAUAUAGAGUCACAGCUGGUAAAAGCAGUGACUCUAUGCAUUCAGACAUCUGUUACUGGUCUGAAAUGGUCGUAAUGUGUGGGAAAAUACUAGUAAACAAAGAUUUUUAUGAUUCAUGUCCUUGUUGGCUCUUUACCUGAGACUGAAUCAUGGGCUCAGAAGAUGUACUUAAGAGUGCAUCAACUCUCGCAUCGUACAACGUCCUGCUACAGGUGAUGUUCCGUGUGCUUACUUUCUUCUUGAACGCGUUCACACUGCGAUUUGUGUCCAAGGAGUUAAUAGGUGUGGUGAACGUCCGGUUGAUGCUGCUGUACUCAACACUAGUUUUCCUGUCCAGAGAGGCGUUCAGGAGGGCGUGUCUAAGCGCGGAAGGGUCGGGGCGUAAUUGGAGACAGAUUAUUAACCUGUUAUGGCUGACGUUGCCACUUGGCUGUUUUUGGGCUGUGUUACUGGUGUAUGUGUGGCUGUGGCUCCUCCAGCCUCCGGACCCUCAGACAGUCCCACACUAUGGACCUGCUGUGGGAAUCUUCUGCAUGGCUGCUUUAACUGAGUUGCUCGCUGAGCCUCUCUGGGUUCUUGCUCAUGCUCAUAUGAUUGUUCGCUUAAAGGUGAUUGCCGAAAGUCUAGCAAUAAUUGCCAAGUGUUUUGUCACCGUGAUGAUGGUGGUCUCUGCUCCCCAGUGGGGUCUCUAUAUAUUCUCUGCUGCCCAGUGUGUGUAUGCAGGAUUCCUGUGUCUUUGCUACAUUGUUUACUUCAUACAUUUCCUGGGUUCUGAGGAAGCAGUGAAAAAUGCCUUUCCACUGCAUCACAUCUCACAGCUGCUACCCACCAGAAGGAAAGGACAGCCACUGAUAAACUGGAAGCUUGCCACAUUGACAUGGAGUUUCUUCAAACAAUCUUUCCUCAAACAGAUUCUUACAGAAGGAGAGCGUUAUGUGAUGACCUUCCUGAAUGUGCUUAACUUUGGAGACCAGGGGGUUUAUGAUAUAGUGAAUAAUCUUGGCUCGAUGGUGGCACGUUUUCUCUUUUUGCCGAUUGAGGAGAGUUUCUACGUAUUUUUUGCAAAGGUGUUAGAGCGUGGACGUGACCUACAACAUCAGAAACAAGAGGAGGUGUCUAUGGCAGCUAAUGUAUUGGAAUGUCUGCUGAAGCUGGUUCUUCUAAUUGGACUGAUUAUCACAGCUUUUGGUUACUCCUACUCUUACCUGGCUCUCGAUAUGUACGGUGGGGAUAUUUUGAGCAGUGGAACAGGUCCCUCUCUUUUACGCUGUUUCAGUUUUUAUGUAUUACUUUUAGCCAUUAAUGGUGUAACAGAGUGCUUUGUUUUUGCUGCCAUGAGUAAGGAGGAGGUAGACAGGUAUAACCUGGUAAUGCUGGGACUAUCCGCCUCCUUUCUGUUGCUUUCCUAUUGGCUGACUUGGCUGUUUGGGGGUGUCGGAUUCAUCCUGGCAAACUGCUGCAACAUGGCUUUGCGAAUUAUCCAUAGCCUUAUUUACAUACAUCACUACUUCCAGCACAGUGAACACACCCCACUGUCAGGGCUGCGCCCACACCCUGCACUCUUUGUCACCCUCAUAAUCAGUUCCAUCCUGACAGCCUUCUCAGAGCAUAUGCUGUGUUGUGACAGUGGAUGGUUGCUGAGGAUAGCGCAUAUCUCCAUCGGAGCAGUUUGUUUACUGGUUGUGGUCAUAGUGGCUUUUCUUACAGAAGAAAGACUUGUUCAGUUUAUCAGAACUCAGCUACUACCCAAAUACAACAAAAAACUCACAUGACCUUAGCUUUGAUCAUUAAUCGGUGGGACUUGUCAGUUUGAUGUUGGACCACAUAUUGCCCAGAUGCAUUUAUAGAAUAAAUAAAUAGAAUUCUUUGGUUCAGUUUGGUUGCUUUGGACACUAAAUAUAUUAUUAUUAUUAUUAUUAUUAUUAUUAUUAUUAUUAUUAUUAUUAUUAUAAAAGUAAUAAAACAAAAAAAAUCAAAUCAAUUUCUAUGUUAAAAGCAAACAUUAAAAUACGAUGCUACAAAAUGUACUGUUUUACAAAAAGUAUGUGUUUACAGCAAAUGCUGUUUACAGUCGAGACAUUUUAGAUAUUUACUGUAGAUAUAUCCUAUUUAUUACAAGGGCAGGAACAUGAAAACUACAACAAAAAAAUCUAGCCCGAGUAAUGUUUAUAGAUUGGUAAAGUUUUUAGUUGAUAUUUUAAAUAUUUUCAAUAAUAAAUAUAUUGUUUUAAAUAAUAGUUUAUUAUAAUUAUGACGACAUUACAUACCACUAAUAAUAUCAUAAUAAAUAAAUUAAUUAAUAACUGCAAUUUUUAGAGCCCUCUGCUGCCUGGGAUACCAAUAGUAUUUAAAACACUGACAAUUCUGACUUUCUCCUAAACAACCGCACAGUGUCUUAUACAUAUUGCAAAUGACAGCUUUCUAAAGUAUGUUGAGAAAUAUAUUAUUAUUAUUACAGGUUUCUGAACACUUAAAAAUUACAAACUGCACCAUAGACUGACCACAGGUCAUAAACUGUAAAAUCAUUUUGUGGAGAGAAAAACAAAACAAGGAAAUAAUAAAAGCAUUCCUAUCAA